UUUUGCGAUAUACUCUCGUCCAAAUUUAGUCCAGCAAACCCAGCACAUUCCGUAAAUACCCACUGCUACCUACCAUAGGCUAGGGUCCACAAUUCCAAACACAACCUUGGAAUAAUUUCAAGGGAUUCUGAAAUUAUAUAUCCUUCAAAACAUCCCACAUUCUAUCCCCUAACUCACCCUUCCCCAAUCACUUAUGUACCUUCCCAAAUAAAAUAAAAAUAAAAAAUGUCACUAUCCCUCCCAACACCCCCCUUCUACGCCAUCCCGAAUAUCAACAACCUGCGCGAUGCGGCCCUUUUCCCUGGUGGCCUCCCAACCACUACCGGCGGUAAAGUCCGUCCCGGAAUUCUGUUUCGCUCAGCCGAUGUCUCGCAACUAGAUCGCGGCGGCUGGAAAGCUAUGAGAGAGAUUGGGAUUGGGCAUGUUUUUGAUUUGAGGAGUAAGCCGGAGGUGGAGAAAGAAGGGGUUGAUGUUGAUCCAAUGGGGGUUCGCCCCGGAUGGAUUCAGAUGAUGGAAGCGGAGGGCGUGGAGAGAACGUGGGUGCCGGUUUUUGAGGAGAGUGAUUAUAGCCCUGAGAGGUUGGCAGAGAGAUAUUUGAAAUAUAUGGGAGAGGGUGUUGAGGGUUUCGUCCAAGCCUACCACGACAUCCUACUCCACGCCGGCACCUCCUUCCGCACCAUCCUCCUCUACCUCGCCAACCUCCCACCACCCACCCCUAUCCCGACACUCGACACCCCCAAACCAUCUACGUUCCUCUCCAACGACCCCUCUGCCCCAACACCCCAAAUCACCACGACUAACCAGCCCCUCGGCGCUUUAAUCCACUGCACAGCCGGUAAAGACCGCACCGGUAUCUUCUUUGGUAUCCUACUCUCCUUCCUGGGUGUCCCCAUCCCGACCAUCGCCGCAGAAUACAAUCUCACAGAAACAGGCCUCCAGCAUGCCCGUGACGGCCUUGUUGCCCGCCUCAUGAAAUCCCCCGGCUUCAAGAAAUACACGCUGACUCAGAUGGCUGGGAGGGAAAUGAAAAGUGCUGGUGGUGCGGGAGAGGGGGAGAUGGAGAAGGAGAUUCCGAAGGAGGUGUUGGAGAAGGGGAGGAAGGCGGCGUUGAGGAUGGUGGGGGCGAGGGUGGAGAGUAUGGUUGAGGCGUUGGGGAUGGUGGAGAGGGAGUGGGGGAGUGCAGAGGGGUAUUUGAGAAGGGUUUGUGGAUUGGGGGAUGAGGAGCUGGAGGAUAUAAGGAGGGUGUUGGUUGUGGGUGGGUGA